AUGAAUUAUGACAAUUGUCCCCACUUCAGUAUAACGCAGUACCGCAAUCUUAUUGAUCACUUGGCGCAAGAAGAUUUCAUUUGGCGGCCGUAUCUUGGUCUACAAGCAUUUCAUCAAGUUGAACGACAAGAUUCUGCGGUGUGGAGUGCAAAGGUGCCCAUUAUCAACUUCACCACCGUCGAAAUGCACAACAGUGAUCGUGUGAAACUUCAAUUUGGAAUGCUUCAAGAUAUUUCAUGUCCCCCAAAGUGCAUACCCGACAAAUAUCACAACGGUAAAGUCUCCGACCAAUGGGAAUAUAAUCCGUGGACCAAGUAUGCAAAACACGAGUGUCGUGAAUGGAGGCAUCGCAACAACUAUGUUUUGUCCGACAAUGUGUUUCCAUACGAGAUGAAACAAUCUAUACAAUACAUGACUUGGUAUAAGUUUGUAUCAAUUGGUUUCAUUUCACAUCCAAGGUAUCUUAAUGACCCACGCCAACAAGAUUCAUCAUCAAGGCCCCAACAACCAACCCAACCCUAUUUCCAACCGCCAACCCAACCCCAAUGCCAACCGCCAACCCAACCCCAUUUCUAA